CAGCACCCGUGGCCACUGUUGACACAACGGUGAAGAGCAAAAAAGGAAAACGAGGGAAGCACCGAAUCCCAGUGUUAGUUCGCCAUUUGGCGCAAUCGGUUGACAGACACGGAGACGCGCGAUCACGACCACGACGACUGUGACACCGGACCAUGAUAGGCUCUGACCGCGAAAUUGCACUGUCCCCGGAAAAGGCCAACCCCCGGGGACUGCCGAUGAAUGGGGCGUUGAAAAAAAGUCAUCUGCAGCGUGUGAUGCUGCAAAGAAUGGGCUCGUUUACGUCGGCACCGCAGAUCAAAAACGUCGACUAUCAGGAUGACAAACUGGAGAUCACGGACGGGAUGUCGAUAGCGGAUCUGCUGGAGUAUUGCCGGCUGGCGCGCGGCGAAGAACGGGCACCACUGGUUAAGCGGAAGUUCCUGAAGCCGGUUGACCGACACAGCAACCUCGGUGGUGACCUCACGGACGGGUUCAAAAUGUUGAAACUGGAUGCCAUUUCUAAAACUUGUAGUGAACCUUCCCUGACCGCCCCGCAACUUCGGAUAUUCCAGUGGAACAUGCUCUCUCAGACGCUCGGAAUGCACAAUGAUGGAUUCGUACGCUGCCCGCUGGAAGCGUUAACGUGGGACUGCCGACGAUAUCAGCUAGUGGAGGAAAUCAUUCAAAACGACCCCGACAUCAUCUGUUUGCAGGAGGUGGAUCAUUUUAAAUUUUUGCAAAAAAUUCUUGCCACCCAAAACUACGAGGGAGUGUUCUUCCCGAAGCCGGACUCACCCUGCCUGUACAUCAACGGCAACAAUGGGCCGGACGGUUGUGCCGUGUUCUACCGCAAGGAUCGCCUCGAGAUGGUGAACCACUUCACGCGCGUGCUGGAGGUGUGGCGUGUCCAGAGCAAUCAGGUGGCGAUAGCGGCCGUGCUGCGCACUCGUGACACCCACCAGGAGCUCUGUGUCACGACCACACACCUGAAGGCGCGCAAGGGCGCCCUGCUGUCAAAGUUGCGCAAUGAGCAGGGCAAAGAUUUGCUACACUUUAUCGACGGCGUGGCACAGCACCGACCGGUGAUACUAUGUGGCGACUUUAAUGCCGAACCCAUCGAACCGAUCUACAGCACGGUGCUCAACCACCGUCCGCUGGGACUGGCCAGUGCGUACGCGGAUCUGCUGGCCAGCGAAUCGCAGGAUGAAAACAAUCAGAAUGCGGCGAACGCCGGUGGUAGGGUGCGUGCUGUCGAACGGGUCGGCAGCCGGAGUAGCGUCGGAUCGUGCCACGGUGACGAAUGUGCGCAAGCGAAUGGCGGUGAAGCACGGACCGGGGCAGAAAUUUCGGCCGCCUGUGAGCCAUCGUACACGACGUGGAAGAUCCGCGAGGAAGGCGAAGUGUGCCACACGAUCGAUUAUGUAUUUUACUCCAAGGACAAACUAACGGUGAAAAACUGCCUAAUGUUCCCUUCCGGCGAGGAGAUCGGGAUCGAUCGAACCCCCAGCUUCCAGUAUCCUUCCGACCACUUCUCGCUCGUGUGUGACAUCGAGCUGAAGGCGGCGGGAAAAUUGGUGUCGCCGGGUGUUUCGUACGUUUUUUCUGCUUUGUUUAGCUGCCCUCUUGCCUACGUGAGCUCUGAGA